GUUUUCGCACUUCCAUCUCCAUCAAGACAUCACUAGGUACAUCUCGACAUGUCUUCCACAGAGGUGCUAUCACCAGUGUACCGGUCGGGGUCAUCGGCCAUGUCAGAGUUGCACGGGGACGACCAGUUCUCGCAACAACACGACGAGAAUCCAUUGGAACAAGGUCAGACAUCAUCAAUUCAAGCAACGCCAAGCCAUCUUUCUCGUCACGAUCCCAUGGAACGUCUCUCUAUCCAGUGCCCUCCCGAGCAUGUCCAGGAUGACGAACCUCCUCCACCUUACGAGGAUCCAUCCGCAGGAGCGCCUCAAAUUGCGCCUAUUGAGUACAGCUGUGAGAAUAGCCCUCAAUUGGUCCUACCUCCCCACGAAGAAUUGGAGGCACCGGUGCCUCCUCCACGCAACCCCAACAGACCCAUCUCACAAAUUAGCUCUCAACCGAGUCCGCUUAGUCCGGAGACCCAAGCAUCAGCUCGGCCGUCGUUUCAAGGCUGUUCAAGCACCAGUUCCCACUCUGCCAUUUCUCCCGAGUACAUGGGGCCCGCACAGUUGGCUAAAGCCCGUGAAGCUGGUUUCGACAUCAUGCCCCCGGCGACGGAGCGCACUGACUCUGCUUCCGGCCUUCCCAGUAUCAACAUCAUCGCCUCCAAUGAGCCGCUCCAACACAUCCGAGAGGCCGGGAAGCUCAUGGCGUAUCUGAUCCCAUUCCCGAAACCCAGGCUCCAAGGUGUAGAUCCAGCCAAAGUCCCAAAUCGAUUUCUUGUCUACACGCCUCCAACUCCUCCACUCUCGAAGCCAGCACCGGGCGAAAAAGAGAGCAAAUGGCACAAGACGCAAAGAACAUGGCAGGAAGACGUGCGCAAAGCAACUAUGAGCAACGCGUCCGGAGCUACUUGGAAAGGCUUCAAAGCUAAGACGACUCGAGCCAUCGGAAGGGGCGUCUCGAUGACGAAGACAUCGAAUCUGGAGUUUCUUGACCGGGUCUCAGUAGGGGCGAUUGAAUCCGCCGUCCCGCAAUCUCCACCCUCGACACCAGAUGCCUCACAAACAACAGAGUCGCCCAGCUCAUUGCCAAGUGCCCUAUCUGUGAUGGGCGCAGGGGUUGAUUUUAACCCGAACGCUCCCAAACGCUCAAAAACAACAGUGACGGAGUCUAAGCCAAAAGCACUAGAAGAUCUGACCCUUAUCUAUCCGCCUUCCCUACCGCUAGACCCCGAACAAAUCCGCGCAGAGUUUGUCGAGUCUCUGCUUCGCACGCGCACCAAGUCGCAACGCGAUGCCGUUGUCGCCUCAUCCCUUCUCCCUUUCGCCGCUGCCGUCGACUUAUCUCUUCUCCUGACCUUUGGUGGCUUGUCGGAGGUGUCCGCCGUAUGGGCGCAUUCCUCGAUCCGCGGCGCCAAGACGAGCAAAAAGAUGACGAAAGGGCUGAAGGCUGCAGAGGAGAAGCCAGAGAUUCAAGGUUGCACCUGUGGAAACCACGAGCACGAGUUCGGCGCCGUGCACAACGUCAAGGGAAAGAAUAAGGGGAUUCAGUUGUCUAUGCAGGCGAACCCACGGAUUGAGGUCCUGAGUCGGUAUCUCGAGAUGAUGUGUCUACAACGCGAGUUUUCCAUGUUUCCUCAGUUGGAUGCGAGGAUUGGAGAUGUGAACGAGUGGGCCGUAUUAGAAGCCAUUGGAUGGCAGCCGAAGAAGAGGGAGGGCUACGAACUGGAUUUAGAGGACUCGAAGGGGCUGAUCGAGCAUCUCACUCCCGAGCAGGACGAGGCGUGGCAGGUACGGGAGGCAAAGGACGACCUUCGGCGGAUUAUGAAAAAGGGUGCUAGCGAGUGGGUGAGCUGGUGUAAGAGCUAUCAAAAAGAUGCCGAGGCUGCUCUGAAGAAGUAGGACGCUUAUACCACAGGAAAAUGCUGGCGUUUGAUCGGGGCUACUUUCAUCUUUCCAAACUUCGUAAUCCGUAGAUACCACAAAUUUCAAUUCGACCCUAUUUCUUCUUCUCCUGCUUCUUCCGCUUUCCUACUGGGAGAUGUUUGCUGAUGGUUCUAAGGUGGAGUGAUUGAUGAAUGGAAUUGAAGCAUUAGGAAAUCUAGAUCAAACCACGAAACCACGUUAUUUCUAUAUAACGUGAAAUAGCAAGCCAUUACCUUCAUUUAAAUCGACAGGUUGAUGAUCGCCAAUCCUGUUGGAAUUUACCCUUGUAUUCGAUAGCUUUGCUCGCCGUGGGGAUGGAUUAUUUUCUAUCAUAUCCGAAAUACCCGUUAAUUUCUUACCUCUCCCGACCUUA